AUUUGCGAGGUGUGUCCAUUCUAAGAACGCAUCAUCCAUCUACUUUUAUAGCUAGAGGCCUGAAAAGACCAAAAAUAAGUGCCUUGCGCUGUCCGGAACAUAUCAAACCCGGGUCCGAGCAAAAAGAAACUAAUAGACCAGGAUCCGGCAUUAUUGAAAAUUACUACUCAAUUUGA